CCAGGCUCCACACAUGUAGCCCAGCAGCGAGCAACACACAGCUGAGACAACAACUCAGAGAAGAGAACUGAAGAAGGAAAGCAGAGAUGGACCUCAUCCCAGACUUUGCCCUGGAAACCUGGGUUCUUCUGGCUACCAGCCUGGUUCUCCUCUAUGUAUAUGACACUCAUUCACAUGGACUUUUCAAGAAGCUGGGAAUUCCUGGGCCCGCACCUCUGCCUAUUGUGGGAAAUAUUCUGUCUUACCGCAAGGGAUUUUGGAAUUUUGAUGAAGAAUGUUAUAAAAAAUAUGGGAAAAUGUGGGGGUGAGUAUUCUGGAAACUUCCGUUGGAAAGACUUACUCCAGUGGCUUCUGUGGUGAGAACCUUGCUGUGUACAAAAUGUUUUUGAUUUGAACUCCAGCCUUUUGGUCCAGUGGGAUUUAUGAAAAGUGCCGUCUCUAUAUCUGAAGAUGAAGAAUGGAAGAGAAUACGAGCGUUGCUGUCUCCAACCUUCACCAGCGGAAAACUGAAAGAGAUGUUCCCCAUCAUGAGCCAGUAUGCAGAUGUGUUGGUGAGAAACCUGAGGCGGGAAGCAGAGAAAGGCAAGACUGUCACCUUGAAAGACAUCUUUGGGGCCUACAGCAUGGAUGUGAUCACGGCCACAUCAUUUGGAGUGAACAUUGAUUCCCUCAACAACCCACAAGAUCCCUUUGUGGAAAAGACCAAGAAGCUCUUAAAAGUUGAUUUCUUAGAUCCACUCUUUCUCUCAAUAACACUCUUUCCAUUCCUUACCCCAAUUUUUGAAGCAUUAAAUAUCUCUAUGUUUCCAAAAGAUACUACAAACUUUUUAAAAAACUCUGUAAAAAGGAUGAAAGAAAGUCGCCUCCAAGAUAAACAAAAGCACCGAGUAGAUUUCCUUCAGCUGAUGAUCGACUCCCAGAAUUCAAAAGAAACUGAGUCGCAUAAAGUUCUGUCUGAUCUGGAGCUCAUGGCCCAGGCAAUUAUCUUCAUAUUUGCUGGCUACGAGACCACUAGCAGUAUUCUUUCCUUCAUUAUGUAUGAAUUGGCCACUCACCCUGAUGUCCAGCAGAAACUGCACAAGGAGAUUGAUGCAGCUUUGCCUAAUAAGACACCUGCCACCUAUGACGCCCUGGUACAGAUGGAAUAUCUUGAAAUGGUGGUGAAUGAAACUCUCAGAUUAUUCCCCAUUGCUGCAAGACUUGAGAGGGUCUGUAAGAAAGAUGCUGAAAUCAAGGGAGUGUUCAUUCCCAAAGGGGUAGUGGUGAUGAUACCAACUUACGUCCUUCACCAAGACCCAAAGUACUGGCCAGAGCCUGAGGAGUUCCGCCCUGAAAGGUUCAGCAAGAAGAACAAGGACAACAUAGAUCCUUACACAUACCUGCCCUUUGGAAUCGGGCCCCGAAACUGCAUUGGCAUGAGGUUUGCUCUCAUGAACAUGAAACUUGCUCUUGCCAAAAUACUGCAGAACUUCUCCUUCAAACCCUGUAAAGAAACACAGAUCCCUGUGAAAUUAAGCCCAAGGGGACUUCUUCAACCAGAAAAACCUAUUGUUCUAAAGGUUGAGUCAAGAGAUGGGACCAUAAGUGGAGCCUGACUUUCCCUAAGGACUUCUGCUUUGUUCUUCUAGAAACACCUAAGAACACCAGAGAUCGCAAUUUACAUUGUAAAUAAAAUUCCGAAAUGAAGAAGAGCUUAA